AUAGAAUAUGAGGGUUGGUGUAUUUAGGGUGAAGAAUCAAGGUGUUCUAUUUAUUCUGGGGAAGGGAGUAUAUGUUUCUGUGUGGCACUAGUGAGGUUGUGACUGCAGCUAAGACACAACUGAAAGGGGGCGGUAAAGCACUCAAGUAAUGUAUGCCAACUGCCAUAAAACAACGAGAAGAAGACGAGCGUUUCCGCGACAACAUUAGCGUCAAAGGCUCCUGUAACCCCACUGCCAAUUUUAAGACAUAACUAGAAGAUGAUCGAGGUGGUAUGCAACGAUCGUCUGGGCAAGAAAGUCCGGGUUAAGUGCAACUCAGAGGACACCAUCGGAGACCUGAAGAAGCUCAUUGCAGCCCAGACAGGAACGCGAUACGACAAAAUUGUCUUAAAGAAAUGGUACACCAUAUUCAAGGACCACGUCUCACUGGGUGACUAUGAGAUCCACGAUGGGAUGAACCUGGAGUUGUACUACCAGUGAACCAGACCAAGACCAACCACGCAGCAGCAGACAUGAACAUGCAGACAUGACUUCAGUUGCAGUUUUUAAGAGGAAAAAACAAGUUGAUGAUGCCAGAAACUUGAUGUAAUGUGAUUUUUGUUUUGAUAUCAUGGGAAUAAAGUUGAUAUUUGCCUAAA